CUCUUACUUUGUCUUGUCUCUAUGAGUGUCUGGUGUAGUGUACUGCAGUGUGGGGAGUGUGGUUGUUUUUAUUGCUCUUGUUAUGGUAGUAGUGGCCAGCAGAUUUACCACACACGGUCACUGCAACAGAUAGAGGAGUAUGGGUAAAUAUUGAAACACACAACUAUACACACAGUUGCCUACAUGCAUAGAAAACAUUAACACCAACGUACGCACUCACAUAUACAUAUAAACAUAUAUUUAUACACAUAUAUUCAAAACAUACACGCACUGUCUAUCUAUCUAUCUAUCUAUCUAUCUAUCUAUCUAUCUAUCUAUCUAUCUAUCUAUCUAUAUUCACUUCUUCAUUUAUUUGCUGAAAGCUGUAAUUACUAGACUUCAGUUCAGCGUUACAUGUUUGGGGCACUUCAAGACACUUCUGGACACUUCAAGACACUUCUGACCACUUCAGGACAUUUCUGGUCUGUUUGGGACAGUUCAGGACACAGCAGCAGCAUACGCGAUAGUGAGGAUUUAAUCGGAGACAGCUGAUAAAACCAUCAAGUUGGAUUAAUGCGAACUGUAACCCUUUCUACCUCAAGCUGGAAAAGUACUAAAAGCAAUGACAUUUUCUCCAGCAGUCAAGCAAAGAAGUCUGUACUUAAUUGUGAAAGUAUUAUGUUAAAUCAUCGGCAAGAUAUCCUACACAUAACACGUCUGAGCAAUUACAAACUUAUAAUAUUCAGUGGAAUUUAAAUUACCCAUAUUACCAGCGUCGUUAUGCAAUAUAUUUCUUCUUUUGAUGACGAUUGUGUCAUUUGAUUGACUCUGCCUAAGCACGAUGUACACAGGAAAAUACGUUUAUAAUAGAAAACUACACAAAUGUAUAAAGAAAUAACUCUCUAAAAAGACUGAGAUCUAUGAGAAUAAAUCUAUCUUUCAAAUCUUAAUGAUGUUAAUAUUUCAAGAAUGUGAAAAGAAAGCAUAGAACCUGAUAGUCUCCAUUACCCAUUCAAAAUUUUCUCGAACAUAAUUUCAUUAGAAAUUUAUAAUGAAAUAUGUUCAUUGACAAAAUUAUUGCUAGGAUAUUUCAUUUAGUUGGAAAAAGAUUUCCCUGAUACGUAGUUUUAGCAACAGCAACUUUUAAACCUACUACUUGUUGUUUGUUGUUCCUGCUGCUUUUUUUUUGUGAAGUGGCAACAAAAUAAUAGGGACAACGCUGGUGUCAACAGCUAAAUUAAUGGAAGUAUAAAUUAAUGAUAAUAAUAAAAGCAUUAGCAAAACAACUAAGGGAAGGAACAUAAGUACACGAUAAUAUCGAGUCUAAUACGAACAAAGAUGCCAGCAUCAAUAAGCUGAAAGGAAAAUCUUUAUCUUGUCUCUGUACUGUCAACUUCCACGUAUUGUUAUAUCUUUGCUGUGGCUAAACCGGAAUGAAUGAAUAUAUUUCUAUUCUAUUUCAUAAUUAGAAGUCUACAUGCAAGAAAAAAAUGUAAUAAAAGACAAUAGAAUAACUUAAGAAGUAUUAGUAAUCAACCUAGAAAAUUGUGAGUGAAUAUAUCAGGCCUUUAGAUACUUGCAACACUAUCAGAUAAUCAAUAGUUCCCUCAAAAGUUAUUUAUAACCUCACAAUCAAGCACAAUAUAUAAAUAGGGUCUUGUUACCAAUAUCCAAUAUUUCUACGAAGAAGUGUGGUAUCAAGAAUAUACCAUGCUUUGCUAGAAAGCGGUGUCAAAAUGCAUUCCAUCAGAGAUUUGUCAGUAAUAUGGCCACUAUUAUGGGCAGGAUGUGUUUGUUUGUAUUUCCCGCAGGCAACCUAUCGGGUUCAUACACAGCCAUGGAUUUCUGAUGGCUCACCCCUUCUCAAAUUCUAUGCCUUAAGACAUUCCACUGAUGCCAGAGAAGGGCACAUCUCUUACCGUGUCAUACGAGCUGUUGGUCACAACACAAACACAGAUUAUAAAUCAUGUUUUCGAAUAACAGACUCGGAAUGGUUGUCGCUGAAACGAAGCUGCAGUUUCCUUAACCAAGGUGUAGAGUGUUCUUUGCGGUUGACCGUUCUCGCCUCACUAAGGCAUGGACUAAAGAACCAUAAGGCCCAUACAACAGUAACUCUAAUAAUUGACCCUAAUAUAGAAACCCUUAGUGGUGAAAAAAAUUGUCAACAGAAAACAAAUUUGUCAUACGAGAAAUAUUGCUUCGAUGAACCUGAUACAAUGGAUUACAGAGUUGAAGCUUGCAAUCACAGACUAAUAUUUGGACGUCUUGUACAAACACCAUCUGAGUUAAAUACUCAGAAAAGAAUUGAUUACAACAUAAUUUCUGGUAAAGCCGACCAGAAGACUGCCUCUGAAAUAUUAACUAUAGACAACAUAACUUCUGAGAUGGCCUUAAAUAAUAUUGCUGCCUUAGAGAAUGCCAAGAAAUUUAAUUUCACGAUUAGGUGUACCGUCUCAAGACAAUCUUUAAAUGGAUCAUAUGAAAGUCUUUCAUAUGAAAAAUCAAUUUUUCUGACAGUUUUCUCACCAACAAUUUAUCCAGAGAAAAAAAUGACUCGGUUUCCACGUCAUGCGCAUCUUCCUUAUGAAAAGGUUCCUACUCUCAAUACACCGCAGAAAAUUACCAGAGAAGUUUUCAAGAAUGCAUCCCAGUAUAGCACGAUUUACACAAUGCCCUAUGAUCUUCAAACGAAAUUCAAACAUCCGGUGUUUAAGCUACAUGAUACUAACAUCUUUAACGUAACGGAGAAGACAGGAAUAGUGUACGUAAAGAACACAACGGCACUUCGAAAAUGUGUCGAUGCCGAACACAAAUUUGCCGUACAAAUUUAUGAAAAAGGUGAAGAAAGUGUGAAAAAAAUUGAAGAAAUUGUUAUAAUUUUAAAAGAAGGAACAUCAUUUCCAGGAAAAUGUGAUGGGAUGUGUUCUAAAUACACCAAUGAAAGGGAUUGUCACGAAAACUGUGGUGUUGGAUCCGUGUUCGGAAGAUGUUUGUGGAAUGCUGGUGAAAUAACAAUGUCUAAAAAUUACAGUACAUGUAGGCCAAACACAAAGACCUGUCCUGAUUAUAAGUGUGAUGAAUUAGAAGCGAAGAACCCCAAAAUAUGCCCCCAGGAUUGCACAGGUACGACUCCUGUUGGUGGAUUGUCUGGCGAAACAAAUCUUGGAAUUAUGAGAGCAAAAGGUGUUUGUUCAUGUGAUGCGAAAUACGUGUGCCACUGCGUACCUCAACCAGUAAUUGAACUGAAUGAAACUAAAGUUAUUGAACCAGUAGAGAAAUUUAAUAAAUCAGAGAAACCUAAGUCUACACUCAGAACUAUUGAUGCAGUAUCGAAUGCUGUGGUUCAGAAAAACGAAUCGGAUAUUUGUGACCGAAUAUGUGAAUCAGCAAUGGCGACAGUGUUUGGAUGUCUCGUGGUGAUCUGUUUUAGCAGUUUCGCUAUCUGGUGGCUAGUAAAGAAACGUCGACUCCGCUCAGAUACCUUAAAGCAUGUUGGCAGCGUUGUAUCUGUAUCGGCAGCACCAUCUGACUAUGUUGGAGAUCAAGAGAGACAGAUGCAUCUCCACCAUUACAAUUAUUCCUGUCACAAGGGACCAAGCGAUGGGUUUUCUGUCACCACUGACCAGAUAGACAAAAAAUGGGGUUUCCCACGCAAGAACUUGAUAAUCGAAGAAGCGCUCGGUGAAGGUGAAUUUGGAAUGGUUAUGAAAGCCCAGGCUUUUAAUAUAGAUGGUAAAUCAGGAUACACGACUGUAGCAGUAAAGAUGCUAAAAGAGUGUGCGUCAAUAGCUGAGUUCCGUGAUCUCUGGUCUGAGUUUAACUUAUUGAAAGAAGUAAACCAUCCUAAUGUCAUUCGCCUUCUCGGUGUAUGUGCUCAUAGAGGGCCCUUUUACAUUAUUGUUGAAUACUGUCAACAUGGCUCACUGAAAAACUUCUUACGUAAACAUCGACAAGCAGCUUGUAAUAGAACAGCAAGAACACCCGAAGAAAUAAAAGCAGAUCUUAGUGUUAUUUUGACCACAAGAGACUUGCUUUCAUUUGCCUGGCAAGUAUGCAAAGGGAUGAGAUAUCUUUGUCAAAUGAAGUUAGUCCACCGCGACCUUGCUGCCAGGAACGUGCUCAUGGCUUCAGGAAAUCUUAUCAAAAUUUCGGAUUUCGGUCUCACACGUGAUAUUUAUGAAGCUGAUGCCUACAUGAAAAAAAGUAAAGGACGCAUUCCUGUUAAAUGGAUGGCACCAGAAUCUUUAUACGCCCAGGUUUAUACUUCAAAAAGCGAUGUAUGGUCAUUCGGAGUGUUGUUGUGGGAAAUUAUAACAAUGGGUGCAAACCCCUACCCAGGUAUUCCACCAGAGAGACUCUUCAGUUUACUAAAAACCGGAUACCGAAUGGACAGACCAGAAAACUGCUCAGAUGAAAUUUACGCCAUAAUGCAAAAAUGCUGGAAAACGGAGCCUGCUCAACGCCCAUCAUUUGGAGAUUUGGCAGAUAUUUUGGACCGAUUACUUCAAGAAAGAACAGGUUACUUACAGAUGGAUGGUUUCCUGAAAAAGAAUGAACGAGGAAACGGAUUCAGUACUCCAAAUAACAAACGGAGAGGUCACCAUCCACAUGUAAAGGAUAUAGAAGACCAGGAUAGGUUUAUUCAUCCGACAGAUAUUAAUGCCUACCUGAUGCCAGUUGUUCAUGAUUAUGCUAAUCGAAGAGACAUCGCUGAAUCACUGAAAGAACCAGAAACCUACGAACUGAAACAUACAAAGAAUACAGCUGCCAAAUGAGAAAGGCUGCAGACUGAGAAACUUGUUAGUAUUGGGCUCUCCCUUAUUGCCGGAUUUGAUGAAAACACUGAAGUAGGGCACUCAGAUUGCAAAGAAAAGGGCAAUAAAGUGGAAGAGCUACAUUAAUUAAUCAUGGUGGCAACGAAUAGACAUUUGGUUUCUCAGCCAUAGACGCCUUGAAAAUACUACAACUUGGUUAUAUAUGUAUGAAAGGUUGAUGUUAUGCAUUUAUGUCUAUGCGUAUAAUUAUUAGUAAUUACACACACUCACACACAGAUAAUUACACACACACAUAUAUAUUAUAUAUGUAUUUAUGUGUGUGUGUGUGUAUAUAUAUAUAUAUAUAUAUAUAUAUACAUUUAUGUAUAUGUAUGUAUAUAUAUGUAUGUAAGUGUAUGUGUAUAUAUACACACACACACAUACAUGCAUAUAUAUACAUAUAUACACACACAUAUAUAUAUAGUUAAAACUUGUCUAUGGUAUUGGUUUAUUAACUCCAAAUGAUAAAUCUGAGGUUGUGCUUAGUCAUAGACAAACUGCAAGACAUUUCUACAUGUGUAGGUGUAUGUAUAUGUAUGUGUGUCAGUUGAUGACUGUGUCUUCAGGUAUCUGUGUGUAUAUCUAUGGACACAGAAACAUGCACACGUAAACAUACGCAUGCGUGUGUAUGUGUGUGUGUGUAAUCGUGAUGUAGGCGUUUAAGUGUUGAUCAAUCAUUUGGACGCGCGCGCGAGCGCGUGUGUGUGUGAUUAAAUUAUGUUGUAUAAUGAGUAAAAGUAGAUGCAAAAGAUGGAAUUAUCAAGAAAUUCGAACACGAAUUAACGAGUGCAUGUUUCAGAGUGUUUGUAAAUAUAUUUAUACAUAUAUUUGUGUAUGUAUGUAGGCAUGUGCGUGUAUGUAAAUUUUCGGUUUGUUUACACUUGCGUGUCACUCUGUGUGUAUGCGUAUGACAAAUCAUUCCUCGAGUAAAUUAUAAAAUAUUCCGUUGCCAUCCAUGAUUUUAUAAUCGCAUAUAAAGCAAAAGAAUAUUCCUAGUAAUGCUUUAUUGUACAGUUAGAGUUUUACAUAUCACACAAAACAAAAGACAUUACGUCAACUAUCCACAAACUAAACAAAAGAGAUACAGGAGAAGGAAGACCCAAUGCAAUGAUUGUAUUCAUGUGAGUGCGAUAUAUGCAUGCUUAAUGAUGUCGUGAGAUUGAGAAUUUCUUCCACAACUUUUCUAACAGAUCGAAAUAAACAGUAUAAAUAUGACGCAGACUGUAAAUAGCAUAUACUUACCAACAAACAAUACACACAUUCUUGCAAAAACAAACAAAUAUAUAAAUACAGAUUUGUAAAUAAUAACUUUUAUUUAAUUAAUAUGUAUUUUAAUUUAAUAGCUCCAUUUUCGAACGUUCUACCACCAUCAACUAAUUUUAAAUACCUUUUGAAAUCAUGUGAAACGUUUCUAAAAAUUGAUUUUACUUUACUUGCUAAAGAACUCUGGAAACUUGCGAUUUAAGUUUAAAACGAAUAUGUGAACGAUGCUUAAUUAUAUGUAUGUGUGUGGGUGUACGUGAGCAUGUAUGUCUUUAUAUAGUGUGUGUAUAUACAUACAUAUUUGUAAAUACAUAUAUGUAUACAUAUUUCACAUGUAUGCAUAUAUAUAUAUAUAUAUAUAUAUAUAUAUAUAUAUAUAUAUAUAUAUAUAUAUAU